UGGUUCAACCCGAGAUUUGGACGCUUCCGGGCCUCGGGACGGGUUUGCGGUAGCCGCGACCUGGCUUCCUAGGAGGGAAAUCGGCAUGUUGCUGGGCCCCCCUGCACGCGGCCCCGCUGAGUCCGAUAGAGCAGCCGCCUGGCCACCUCCCGGGAAGAAGCGUCCUUUGGACGCCCCCCCGGGAAUAUGGAGGGGCGGGGCGCAGGCCAGCCGCCAGGCCCCAGAUGCAGUUCUGGGGAUACAAAAACCAGCCUUUGGGGUGUUUAGAUCGGAAAGGAGAAUCACAGACCCUAAAAGGGAUAGGCAGGAAACGGGUACCACCUGGGCACCUGUUGGCUAAGGCUGGAGAGUCAGGAAAUGAGCCGGAGAAGAUGUAGAAGCAAGCCUGGCCACCUGGAGCCAUUCCUGUGAAUGAGGUUCUGGGUCCUGAGCCCUCGUUGGAAUUCCCUCCCACAGGUACUGGCCCUGCCCUCGUCCCUGGGCUCUGCCAGUUGGGAUGCUGUAUAUGAAAGAGAACUGCAAGCUUUUCAGGAAUUUGGAGACUCAGGAGAAAUAUGGUUUGGAGAAGAAAGUAUGACCCGAUUAAUCAGGUGGAUGGAGAAAUGCAAUAUCCCACUGGAUGCUUCGGUGCUUGACAUUGGGACCGGAAAUGGGGUCUUUCUGGUUGAGUUGGCAAAAUUGGGAUACUCUGAUAUUACUGGAAUUGAUUACUGUCCUUUGGCAAUACAGCUUUCUGGAAGAAUCAUAGAAAAGGAAGGUUUCUCUAACAUUAAGUUACAGGUGGAAGACUUUCUGAACCCUUCCAGCGAGCUCUCUGGAUUUCGUAUUUGCAUUGACAAAGGAACCUUUGAUGCCAUCAGCCUGAGUCCUGACGGGGCAUCUGAGAAGAAGCAGCAGUACGUGAAGUCUCUGUGCAGGGCCCUGCAGGAUCGCGGCUUCUUUCUCAUCACUUCCUGUAACUGGACCAAGAAGGAGCUGCUGGAGGAGUUCAGGGGAGGCUUCGAGAUUGUGGAAGAACUGCCAACACCCACAUUUACCUUUGGAGGGAGGUCUGGAAACAGCGUCACGGCGUUGGUUUUCCAAAAAAAGUGACGUCUUUCCGUGGACAGAUUCUGUUUUCCUUUCGAAAAGCCUGAACGUCAGCUUCAUUCUGGUAGAGAGAAAUCUGUGAGCAAGUCGUUCCCGAGUUCCCGGCAGGGCAGAGGGCUGCACAUGCCCAACAUUUAUCUGGGGCAGGAGGAAUCCCGGACCUCACGGGGGCUGGCUUGGAGAGUUGGACAGAAUUCUUUUGAAUAUAUUUUCUAUUUGAAAUGUAAAUAUUUUCUUCUUUGAUUACAAAAAAAUCUGUAAUUGCUGAACCAUUUAAAAUGUGAAGCAGUAAAGGAAUUCGAUAGUGUUACUUUUGUAUCUCGGCGUAAUUCUUUGAAUGUUGCUUUUUACUGAGACUUGCCCAAAAUUCCAGAGUCAGAAUUUUUAAAAAGU